AAUGCUUCUUUUUGAUUGGUAGAUCGUACCGGUACGAAAUGGCAUACUUGACUUCCGCCAUUUUGCCAACGCCUGGCUGUGAGAUAGGCGUUCAAAGAAAUACAGUGAACAUCCACUUAAAUUCCGGCAAUCUGCCGGUUUUUCUGAAAGACGUAGGAUAAAGCCGCAAAGAUGUAUCUCUACAAUCUGACUUUGCAAGGCUCAUCUUCAAUUACACAUGCCGUUCACGGUAAUUUCUCCGGGACGAAGCAGCAGGAGAUAGUGAUUUCACGUGGGAAGACGUUGGAACUGCUUAGGCCCGACCCCAACACCGGGAAAGUGCAUACGCUGAUGAAAGUGGAGAUUUUCGGCGUUAUCAGAUCAAUGAUGUCAUUUCGGCUCACCGGAGGCACUAAAGAUUAUAUUGUGAUAGGAUCGGAUUCUGGCCGCAUUGUGAUAUUAGAGUAUAUUCCAAAGAAGAACAUUCUGGAAAAAGUUCAUCAAGAAACAUUUGGCAAAUCUGGAUGCCGCAGGAUUGUGCCCGGCCAGUACUUGGCUAUAGAUCCCAAAGGCAGAGCUGUUAUGAUUGGUGCAAUUGAAAAGCAGAAGCUUGUGUACAUAUUGAACAGAGAUGCUGAAGCCAGGCUCACAAUUUCUUCUCCCCUGGAAGCUCACAAGUCCAACACAUUGGUUUACCACAUGGUUGGUGUAGACGUUGGCUUUGAAAACCCAAUGUUUGCUUGUCUGGAGAUUGACUAUGAAGAGGCAGAUGCAGAUCCUUCAGGUGAAGCAGCACAAAAGACACAACAGACACUCACAUUCUAUGAGUUAGAUUUAGGUUUGAACCAUGUUGUCAGAAAGUACUCUGAACCUCUUGAGGAACAUGCAAACUUCCUCAUCACAGUGCCAGGAGGUAAUGAUGGUCCCUCAGGAGUACUCAUUUGCUCGGAAAACUAUCUCACAUAUAAAAACUUGGGUGACCAACAUGAUAUCCGAUGUCCCAUCCCUCGACGGCGAAAUGACUUGGAUGAUCCUGAGAGAGGGAUGAUAUUUGUCUGUUCAGCUACCCACAAGACCAAGUCAAUGUUCUUCUUCUUAGCACAGACUGAACAGGGAGAUAUAUUCAAAAUUACUAUUGAGACUGAUGAAGACAUGGUCACUGAGAUUAAGUUGAAGUACUUUGACACUGUACCUGUGGCUACUGCAAUGUGUGUGCUCAAGACUGGCUUCCUAUUUGUGGCCUGUGAAUUUGGCAACCACUACCUGUACCAAAUUGCUCACUUGGGUGAUGAAGAUGAUGAACCAGAAUUCAGUUCAGCCAUGCCUUUGGAGGAAGGAGACACAUUUUUCUUUGCUCCAAGGCCACUAAGGAAUCUGGUGCUUGUAGAUGAACUGGACUCGCUGUCGCCCAUUCUUGCUUGUCGUGUGGCCGAUUUGGCUGCUGAAGACACUCCUCAAGUGUAUCUGGCUUGUGGCAGAGGACCAAGAUCAUCACUGAGAGCUCUCAGACAUGGUUUAGAGGUUGCUGAGAUGGCUGUGUCUGAGUUGCCUGGUUCUCCCAAUGCUGUAUGGACCGUCAGGCGACACAAGGAUGAGGAGUAUGAUUCUUACAUCAUUGUGUCGUUCGUAAAUGCCACGCUUGUACUAUCUAUCGGUGAAACGGUAGAAGAAGUGACGGACUCUGGGUUCCUGGGCACCACGCCCACCCUCAGCUGUCACGCGCUCGGCGCCGACGCCCUCGUUCAAGUGUACCCAGACGGCAUCCGGCACAUCCGCGCCGAUAAGCGUGUCAAUGAAUGGAAGGCUCCUGGGAAGAAAUCCAUUGUCAAAUGCGCAGUUAAUCAGAGACAAGUAGUUAUUGCUCUGACAGGAGGAGAAUUAGUCUAUUUUGAAAUGGACCCUACUGGUCAACUAAAUGAAUACACUGAGAGGAAGAAGUUGUCGUCAGAUGUGUCAUGCAUGGCGUUGGGAUCAGUAGCGACUGGUGAACAAAGAGCCUGGUUCUUAGCUGUUGGCCUGAAUGACAACACUGUCAGGAUCAUCUCAUUAGACCCAUCUGACUGUCUCGCCCCACGUUCCAUGCAAGCUUUGCCAGCCGGCGCCGAAUCUCUUUGUAUUGUGGAACAACCAUUCGAGUCUGGAGCUAAAUCUGCCUUACAGUUGAACAUUGGCUUGAGCAAUGGAGUAUUACUGAGAACAACCUUAGAUUCCGUCAGUGGGGAUUUGGCUGACACAAGAACAAGGUACUUGGGAUCUCGGCCGGUGAAGUUGUUCAAAGUUCGCGUGCAAGCGGCUGAGGCCGUGCUUGCUGUAUCGUCAAGAACUUGGCUGGGAUACCACUAUCAGAAUCGCUUCCACCUCACGCCUCUGUCGUAUGAAUGUCUGGAGUAUGCCGCUGGUUUUAGCUCUGAACAGUGCGCCGAAGGUAUCGUAGCCAUCUCUUCAAACACCCUCAGAAUUUUGGCGUUAGAAAAACUAGGCGCAGUCUUCAAUCAGACCUACCUGCCACUUGAAUACACCCCGAGGAAAUUCGUCAUUAACUCUGAUAACAACAACAUCAUCAUUCUGGAGACUGAUCACAACUCUUACACUGAGGAAAUGAAAAACCAAAGGAGGGUUCAAAUGGCACAAGAAAUGAGAGAAGCUGCCGCGGGUGGCGGCCCUGAAGAACAGCAACUUGCUAAUGAAAUGGCUGAUGCGUUCCUCUCAGAUACACUGCCUGAAAAUAUAUUCUCGUCACCCAAAGCUGGAGCAGGUAUGUGGGCAUCUCAAAUCCGUGUGGUUGAUAUGGGGGUGAGCGGAGGUCAGCCGACUACAUUGUUCAAGUUGCCGCUGGAACAGAACGAGGCGGCGGUGUCGGGCUGCAUCGUGCGGUGGGCGGCUCACGCCGAACACGCACAGGCCCACUUAGUCGUUGGCGUCGCUAAAGACAUGAUUUUGUCACCAAGAUCCUGCACAGAAGGCAGCUUACAUGUUUAUAAGAUUUAUGGUAGUACUGGGAAGUUAGAGUUAGUUCACAAAACACCUGUAGAUGAAUAUCCUGGCGCCCUAGCACCGUUCAAUGGCAGACUGUUGGCAGGAGUUGGGCGCAUGUUAAGAUUAUACGACAUCGGCAGACGAAAGCUACUGCGCAAGUGCGAAAACCGACACAUUCCAAACCUUAUAGCCGACAUCAAAACUAUCGGCCAAAGGAUAUUCGCAUCAGAUGUACAAGAAUCUGUUUUCUGUCUCAAGUACAAAAAGCGAGAGAAUCAGCUGAUCAUAUUUGCUGAUGACACCAAUCCAAGAUGGAUCACAAAUAGCUGUAUACUGGAUUAUGAUACUGUCGCCAUGUCUGAUAAGUUUGGCAAUGUAGCUGUGAUGAGACUGCCACAGUCAGUAACUGAUGAUGUUGAUGAAGAUCCUACAGGGAACAAAGCACUCUGGGAUAGAGGACUUCUGAAUGGAGCAUCCCAGAAAGGCGAUGUUGUGGUCAACUUCCACGUUGGAGAGACUGUAACUACGCUACAAAGAGCUACACUCAUUCCUGGCGGUUCUGAAGCCUUAUUGUACGCGACCGUCAGCGGCUCUCUCGGCGUUCUGCUUCCCUUCACAUCUAGAGAAGAUCACGACUUCUUCCAGCAUCUGGAAAUGCAUAUGAGGAGUGAGAACCCGCCACUGUGUGGCCGGGAUCACUUGUCUUUUAGGAGCUAUUAUUACCCAGUAAAGAAUGUGAUAGACGGCGACCUGUGCGAGCAGUUCAACUCGCUGGAGCCGGCCAAGCAGAAGGCAAUCGCCGGCGACUUGGAGAGAACGCCCGCCGAAGUGUCCAAAAAGUUGGAAGACAUUAGAACUAGAUACGCGUUUUAAGUUAUAUUAUGGUGAUUUCUUGUAUUAAUUUAACAUAAGUAAUAAAAAUAAGAAAGAAA